AUGGCUGCAAAAAUCUAUCAACCUGAUCAAGAACUCGAAACAAAGGUUAAAAAAGCUACAGAGCGAAUAUCAGAGAAUAUGCAUAUAGUGGCCAACGAACCGUCACUCGCAUUUUAUCGUUUGCAAGAACACGUUAGGAAAGCUUUACCGCCUAUGGUUGAGAAACGUGUUGAAGUCCUUGCUCUGAGGCAGCAGCUCCAAGGUCGCUGUUACGAUGUUGAAUAUGCUGUGAGUGCAGUAAAGACAAUGGAAGGUGCUGCAAAAAGUUUUGAUAAUACUUUGGAGUUCAUAAAGAAUGCAAUAUUCUUCAAGCAACAGUUAAAGUACGAGGAGCAAAGGAGACAUAAAAAAGAUGGAAAUAAAGAUUCAGUGUACAAGAGACUUUCAGCUCACAUUCCUACGCUUGACCAUCUCCCUGAUGAGAUAUCGGAUGUUGUUAGAGAAACUGCAAACAGAGUUGAAUCUAUGAUGAAUCAUGCAAGGCAUUCGAGUGAAGUCCAAAAACCAAGUAAUGCUCACAACUGA